AUGGGCAUCCGCUUUGUGCGCCUGCUGACCUUGGCACCGGUUAGCACUGCCCUGACCGAGCCGGAAGAAUGCCCGCUGCUGCAGACGGCCAUGCGCAAGGACGGCGCAAACCACAGCGCCGAGUUUGACUGGCCUCGCGAUAAGGAAGAUGGCCUGGACCUAUUGACGGCUGAGGACUGGAAGAUCGCGACGGUUGGUGGACAACUGGCCUGGAGCACGUACAUGCAUCCCGCGAUGACCAAGUACUAUGGCGAUAUCCUGAAGACGGUCGAGGCCAAAGAGCCUUGGACUGGCGAAGAUUUCAUGCUGGCGAGACUCGUCCGAGCCUACGACGGCAAAUGCUGGGUGGCUUUUCGAGGGACCUACAACAACGCCGGUUGGCGAAUGAACUAUAGGAUCUUCAAGCACCAGGAGAAGGUCAAAACCGUCUUGGGCGAGGAGAUGUGGCUGGCCAGUUCGUGGUUGAAUGGGUACAGACUCCUGGAGCCGGGACUCAAGAGCGCCAUCCAGGACGCUUACCAGAAAGAGUAUUGCACGCCCGAUAACAUGUAUCUUGUGGGACACUCCAUGGGUGGCACCAUGGCAAGCUACGCUGCACUCCUGGAUCUUGUCGGCGAUGGAAGCCAUCAUGCGAAGGGCGUGGUGACUCUGGGCGCCCCACGUCCCUGGCUUGUGACACCAGAGCAGUGCGAGCUCCUUUCUCAAAGGCUGGCGCCUGUUCACCUGCG